GUAGCUGGCAGCCGCUGUAUUUGUUCAAUGCCGUCUAUACAUUAUCGCGUUUUAUCGAUCCUAGCCAUAUCGCGGAUCUAGUUUAAACUAAAAUAUUAACAAUUAAUUGAUUGUUGCUUCUCCAAUUUAUUUAAAAUCGUCUUGGCCCGCUCUUUGGCGCGCGCACGUUCUGUUUAAAAAUCAAUAGCAUUCGUGUUAUCUUUACGCAAGUUAAGUGACUAUAACCUAUAAAACAAGCCGAAAUAUCGGUAUUAUUUGUUUAUUUCUGCAAAGGUGCUCUUGUAGCAACUUGACAAAGGUUAUUUUUUGAAGAAAUUUGUAAAUCGUGAGUGGUUUAAGUGAAAACAGUAUGACAAUUCAUGAAGAAGGAAUACAGGAUGAGAAAACUCAGGAGAAAGUAAAGUUAUAUGAAGCUGACGAAGAACCAGCCGAUUUUGAAACGGCCAUAACGGCAGCAGGAUGGGGUAAAUUUCAUCUGCUGGUCUAUGUGUUGUCUAUAACAUCAGGAUGGUCGUCAAAUUUCGAAACAACAACCAUGUCGUACGUUUUUCCUGCAGCUGAAUGUGAUUUAAACCUUAAUCUCGAACAUAAAGGUCUGCUAAAUGCAGCUACGUAUAUAGGUAUGAUUUCUAGUGGUCUCUUCUGGGGAUACUUGUGUGACACGUUAGGAAGAAAGAAACUAUUGAUAGCAGGUUUCCUAUUGGAUGGAAUAUUCGUUAUGAUAUCUGCGAUGUCUCAGAAUUUCGCCAUGCUCAUAACGGCGAAGUUCUUUGGUGGUUUUAUAAUUAAUGGUCCAUUUUCUGCACUGACUGCAUAUCUCUCAGAACUGCAUUGUGCCAAACAAAGGAGCAGAGUACAAAUGAUUUUAAGUGUGAUAUUCAGCUUUGCCUCUUUGGCAAUGCCUGCCUUAGCCAUAUUAGUACUGCCUCUAGGAUUUAAAUUUGUUGUGACUGAAAAUUUUGUAAUCCAUGCCUGGAACGUAUACUUGUUUAUAUGCGCAGCUGUGCCUUUAACAAGUGCUGUAGCAUUCCUAUUUUUACCAGAGAGUCCCAAAUUUUUAAUGACAACCGGUAGAAAUGAAAAGGCGUUGAGGGUUUUUAGAAAAAUUUAUUCCAUGAAUACUGGAAAACCAGAGGAAACUUAUCCUGUGACAGUUCUAGUAAACGAAAUCGAACUAAACAAAGGUAAAAAUCACGGUAAGAUGACUGCCAACCGUACAAAAAAGGAAGCUUUAAUCGAAGGAUGGUCUCAGGUUAAGCCUCUGUUUCGUCCACCCUACCUCAGUAAAAUCCUUUUUGUAUGUCUGAUUCAGUGCUGUACAAUCACCAGCUUAAAUACUCUACGACUAUGGUUACCUCAAUUGUUCCAAGCGGUCAACGACUAUCGACAAUUUCAUGAAGAAUCAGCUCCACUUUGUGAAAUGUUGGCUGUUUUUAAGACUAAAAAUAAGACUGUAGAAAUAGUGAAUCCUGGAGAAUGUGCAGUGAAUACCAACAAUUAUUCGGUCUACAUCAAUUCGAUGAUAGUUGCAGGUGUUACAAUUGUAAUAUCAAUAUUGUCGGGGACAGUUAUCCAGAAAGUUGGAAAGAAACGUCUAUACAUGGCUCUUAGUACAGUGUCUGGUACAGUGGCAAUAUCACUGUAUUUCUCUAGAAGCAUGUUCACAACAUUGGCUUUUGCUUCACUAUUCACCGGAACUGGCACGGUGAUGAUUAAUGCACUUCUGGCUGUUAUUGUCGAUACAUUCCCGACAACUUUACGAACAAUGACGGUAUCGAUGGCUAUGAUGAUAGGACGGAUGGGUGCAGCCUCAGGAAAUUUAAUAUAUCCUCUCUUGUUAGAAGCCGGAUGUGCACCUCCAUUCUUUUUUGUAGGCUUCAUGAGUUUAGGUUGUGCUGUACUAUCAAUAUUCCUGCCAAAUACCGAAAGGAAACCUCUUCAGUAAAAUCACCAAAGCGAGGGGUGUCCCACUAACUGUUGGAAUUACAUGUACAUUUCCUUGGCAGUCGUGUUAUCAGUGGAUCAUAAUUUUAUGGCAGACAUAGGCAGUCUUCUUUGCAGUCGCUUGGAGUAAAAUGAUAUUUUGGCAGUACAUGUACAUUUUUAACCCAAGUGAGACAGCUCUCGCAUCAAACAUACCUAGUAUGCUAAGCUAUACAGAUCCUAAGCUAUACAGAUAUGUGCCAGAUAUACAGAUCAGGGUAAUACAACUGAGAUUCUUAAUUUGUUUGAAAAUACUAGAACGUGAUAAAAGAUGUAAUAAAUGUUUUUUUUGUACUACCAUUAACAUACUAUAAAUUAAAUUGUUGUACGAGGUUUUCAAUAUGAGGAUUUUCUUAUCACGUAAACGCUGAAUUUACAUAAAAAUUUUACUUUUACGCUUACACUGUACAGAAAAAAUGGAAGUCUAAGAAAUCAUCUCACUGAUGCAAGGAUGGUAGUUUCAAGGAAGUCGUGAUAGUAUUAAGAGAUCUUACAUUAUUCUAUCAGUAUAAAUCUCAAAAAAUCUUUUUAAACAAUUAUUAUGUUAAAAAUAAAAAAAAAAUUGGAAAUUGACCUAGAAGAAGUUUCUAAUUUAAAGUAAUAAUGAAGAUAUGUUUUAUCUACAAAUUUUAAAAAAUAUUUUCGGUGUGAUAUUUUCUUAAUUUAUCAAAUUUACAAUUUAUAAAUUACAUUUUAUACUUAAUUAUUACUUUAAAUUUUCAGGAAAAAAGUAAAAAUAUUUUAUAUAAACAGAUUCUUUACUGUCUGUUUAUGUAUAAUAAGAAAUAGUAUAUCUACUUAAAUAAAUAAUUGGGGCUAUUAUACAAGAAUUGAAAAACAAAUAUUUUAUUAAAGAGAUUCAUAGUAUAGAUGUUACGGACAAUGAUGUAAAACUGGCCUUUAAGACGUUAUUACGUAAAAAAAGUUCUUUUGGUAAAAAUCGCUACGAGUAAUUUUGAAUCGAAAUCAUCAAUACCUGUCAUCAUUGACAUAAUUUAAACAUAUACAGGGUUGUUCACCACAUACGACACG